AUGCUGAUUUUUGAACUUAAUCUGCGUUUUAGGAAGAUUGACCAUUCCUAUUCUGGUCCAACUGUUGGCCCUACACCAAUCACAAGUCCGCGACCAGCAUCUGCUGCAGGGGCAUUCACCUUCCAUAGUAAAGUGCACGGCAGUGCCGUCAAGUUUUUGAACAACUACAGAACAGCCGCACGAGAAGAUCCCCUCAACAAUGACAAGAACGCAGUGGUGUUCACUUCUCGGCCCUUGGAAACAGAAGAACUCUUUGAAAUCCACAUAGACAAGAGAAUCAAGGGUUCUGAUAAACCUGGUUCCGUGGAAAUAGGCGUUACCACUGUGAACCCUCAGGAGCUGAGUUCUGUCCCAGCCACCAUGACUGACUGCAAAGUUGGUCAGACCUGGAUGUACAGUGGAGCUGAAAUGUUGCUGAAUUCACUCAAAGUGGCGAACAUGCCCAAAGACAUCUAUGAACUUCAGUCAACUGGGAAGUUAUCUAAACUGGGAGUGAAACGUGAUGCUCAAGGGCGACUGGAUAUAUUUGUCAAUGGUGAAUACAUUGGCACUAUUAACGACAGGUUCCCCACCACUAUCUACGGAGUUGUGGAUAUCUACAUGCAAACCGUACAAGUCAGCAUCACAAGCCCUAAGGUAGAAGCACCAAUAGAAAAGGAAGAAGAACCUAGUGGGCAAACUCAAGAGGCUGCAAAGUCUACCUCUCCAACCUCUCCACCGCCUCCCCCAAUCACAUUCCGCAAAACUUGUGGAAAAAAUGUAGAAAUGUCAAGUGACCAGAAAACUGCAACCAGACGAAAUUAUAUGACCGACUGCGAUAAUGGGAUAGUCCUUAGCUCUAGACCGCUGCAAUCCGGCGAAAUGUUCGAGAUCAGAGUGGAUAAGACCAUUAGCAAGUGGGACCACGAAGGCCUCAAAAUUGGUCUUGUUGAUUUACAUUCUGGUUUUGAGAUCCCCCGCACGCUACCUGGUCAAAUAGCUGAAGUCACGUGGUCGUGGGUCGGAGACGAGGUGUUUCACGACAGAAGAGUAGAGAAAAAAUUGAACAUGAAUCUAAACAGAGUCAAGAAUGGAGAUAGGGUCGGUGUGAUGAGGGCAAGCGAUAACACCGUUCACUUUUUCUACAACGGUCAAGAUUUCGGGGCGGCUGCAGAUAGAAUCCCUGAGAAAGUAUUUGCAAUCGUAGAUGUCCAUGGUUGCACUUUUGAAGUGUCCUUAAACAUGCCCGACACAGAAAUGGAAACCAAACAAACGGCGCCUGGGCCUAAUCCCAACUCCGAAGUUAACACCGCUUUGAUGAAAAUGAAGCAAACAGUGGAGUUACUGAAGAUCAAGAAUGAAGCAUCAAUAAAGAAAGUGAAACAGAUGGCGCAAGAAAAUUUAUUGGAACUUUAUCGGAGCCACCAGGACCCGUUGCUUCGCAAGGCGAUGGGUGAAAAGUUCACAGAGAUGCAGGGGGCAACACACAUCGUCGACUAUAUAAAGUUCCUGCGUGAGUGCGGCCUAGAAGUAGAUUACAUCCAGGAAUGCUAUAGUACACUGCGAAAAAUUUGCGUUUGGUACAGCGAUGAUUCCCUGAAGUUCGCUCGCGCUCUUGGGGAAACAGAUUUAUUAGCAAUUAUGGUAUCCGAGCUACAGAAAUACAAGAACAAAUCUUACGAAACUGACGAGAAAUUGCUGGACGUGGUGAAAACUAAUCUUAUUCUCCUACAUAACUGCGCCAAAGUUACUGAAAACCGCGGUGUCAUAAGGAGACUGCAAGUUAUCGACGCCAUCUUGCCCUACCGUAAUAGCAAGAUUAAGGAAUUGAGCACCCACGCCCUUAUGGCCCUCUCCUACAUGGUUGCUAUUGAUGAACACCAUUACAUUCAGGCAGACGAAAAUUCCAUCGCUUUCAUCUUACAAAUCCUGGAAGAGGCAUUCAAUAACAAAACUACCCACAUGAGCGAAACUGGUUAUCAUGUAGAUGAAGUCCUGGUCGGACUGGCCAACCUUGCCAAGAACAAAGGGAACCGAAUAAAUGUUGUUAAAAAACAAGGUGUUAACACAUUUGUGAAAAUCAUGAAACUUGGCCGACCCAGUGAGCAAGAGUGCGCGGCGAUGGCGUUGUUGGAAAUGGUGGACGACACAACGGUGCAGCACAUUGCCGCAACACCAGGUUUACAUGGGGUUCUUGCUACUAUGAAAAACAGCCCAGUGGAGGCAGUCCGACAGGCCUCAGAAAGACUGUUGCUCAAGUUGCCUUCGCAGGACUCUUUUGUCCAGAUGAUGCCAGAUAUGCCGAAACCAACUGCACCUAAAAGAAGAAAGUGUGACUAUAAAGAGAUAUGCAACGCUUACAUGAAAACCCUUAACUUAAAUGAUGCGUUUUUCGACCACGAAUUUGACCGGUGCUACUGCAGCGUCUGUCACACAGACCGUGGAGAUGACUUGUAUUAUACCAGGGGAGACCCUCCCAAAGAUUACGGUAUUCCUGCUGGCUGGUGUAGAUACGCUUUGAGUUUGCCUGCAAAAGCCAAAGCCAUGAAUGUUUUAGAAGCCUGGCACAGAGCUUACCAUGGGACCAGGAGCACUGCGGUUGCUAAAAUAUUACAAGUGGGAGAACUUUUGAUGCCAGGUGACACUGCUCUUGGCGGAGAAAAAAUAAGUGUGUGCAAAGGGCAUUUCACAGAGGAAAGGAAGCCAGAAGGAUUCAACAUCAAGAAAAUCUUUGUAUCGCCCAGCAUCCGAUAUGCAGGACAUAAUGCUUAUGCUAUGCCGCACAAGUACAAGGAUGCUACAACAGAAAAGAACUACGUAGCUCGCGUUGCAUUCCAAAUCUGCAUUCGCCCGGAUAGUUACGUUGUAGGUGACCAAACCAUUGGAGCCCUGAGCCAGAUAGACCCAAAAUUUGAUAACCAGGAAAUAGAAUGGGCGACAGAGGAGAGAGGUAGCACUGUCCUCUAUGGCCUGCUAGUGAAGUUGGAAGAGGAAGUCAGUGCUUGAAUAAAGAUGCAAUGUGCAAGAGCAAUAUGGUAGCGCCACCUUGUUCAGGAUUGGUUUGAGAACAGUUCACAACAGCAAUACUAGAACUUUAUCAACAUGCUUCAGUGUUUUUGUUUAAUAAAGCGGCUUCAAACUAGCAAAUGUGGUAAACUAGCCUGCAAUUUUUGUCUUUGCUUUAAAAGUUACAGCUGAAAAUGUUACCUUAAAGGUUGCAGCUAAAAAGGUUACAUUUGGCGUAUCAGUUUAUGCCGUGAAAUUUUAUUAAUCACGCUUAGAGUUGCACACAAAUUAAUAGGAGCAUUAAAGAUGUGUGGCCUCGUGAAAAUAUCUGUAUUGGCACACACGUAUUAACUCAUACUCAUGUUUUGUGUAAUUCAAGAAAUUUUUAUUGUGUUAUUCAAAACUUCAAAUGCUCUCUCAAUUUUUAAUUAUAUGAAAGCUAUGAAAAAUGAUCAUUGUUUCGUUGUUUUUAUUCAUGAAUUAAUACAAAUGAAUUUCAAACCCUUUUUAUAAAACUGCGGUGCCCGCCAUAUAUCGCCUUGUAAGAUAUCGUUGAAAAAAUUCUAAGUGUAAAGGUAUCUCAUCUGGGAUUUUCCCGCCAAUUUUCCUGACCAAUCAGAGGCCUGGAUAGAGGUAUAAUAAAACCCAAUAGUCUGGAAAUAACCAAAAACGAAUGUUUUUAUCAAAGUUAUCUAAAGUAUAUUUCUUUGCAUGCGGUUAGCUUUUCUGACGAUAAAUGAAACAAAUUUGCAGGCUAGUGUGUUUUUAAACAUGAUAUUCAUCAAUUAUAUAUUUGUAUAUACAGAAAUUAAGACGCCACGUUUAGCAAGGGAACUCGGUGGUUGGCACUUGGACUGGUUGUUUUCGUGUUAGACGUUUGACUUUCUUGUAUACCGCUAUGCACGUAUGUUUAAGAAAACGGUCAUAUCUGUAUAAUUUGUUUUACGAGUUGAAGAG